AUGAGUCUCAAAGGAGAGAAACCACAUCUGUGCUCUGAGUGUGACAAACGCUUUACAUAUAAAUCACAUCUUCUCAUACAUCAGAGGAUUCACACAGGAGAGAAACUAUUUGAAUGUUAUGAAUGCAGCAAAUGUUAUUUCAAGAAGUCACAUCUUGUAGCACAUCAGAGGAGUCACACAGGAGAGAGACCAUUUACAUGCUCUGAAUGCAGCAAAUGUUUUCGCGAUAAGAAACAACUUGUCAUACAUCAGAGGAGUCACACAGGAGAAAAACCAUUUACAUGUUCUGAGUGCAGCAAAUGUUUUUCCUGCAAGACAAGUCUUAUUAGACAUCACUGGAGUCACACAGGAGAGAAACCAUUUACAUGUUCUGAGUGCAGCAAGUGUUUUUCCUGCAAGUCACAUCUUGUUAGACAUCAGAGGAGUCACACGGGAGAGAAACCAUUUACAUGUUCUGAGUGCAACAAGUGUUUUUCCUACAAGUCACAGCUUGUUAUACAUCAGAUGAUUCACACAGGAGAGAAACCAUUUACAUGUUCUGAGUGCAGCAAGUGGUUUUCCUGCAAGUCACAUCUUGUUACACAUCAGAUGAUUCACACAGGAGAGAAACCAUUUACAUGUUCUGAGUGCAGCAAGUGUUUUUCCUGCAAAUCACAGCUUGUUGCACAUCAGAUGAUUCACACAGGGGACACACCAUUUACAUGUUCUGAGUGCAGCAAGUGUUUUUCCUGCAAGUCACAGCUUGUUACACAUCAGAUGAUUCACACAGGAGAGAAACCAUUUACAUGUUCUGAGUGCAGCAUGUGUUUUUCCUGCAAGUCACAUCUUGUCAGACAUCAGCGAAUUCACACAGGAGAGAAACCAUUUACAUGUUCUGAGUGCAGCAAGUGUUUUUCCUGCAAGUCACAGCUUGUUACACAUCAGAUGAUUCACACAGGAGAGAAAUCAUUCACAUGUUCUGAGUGCAGCAAGUGUUUUUCCUGCAAGUCACAUCUUGUUAGACAUCAGAGAAUUCACACAGGAGAGAAACCAUUUACAUGUUCUGAGUGCAGCAAGUGUUUUUCCUGCAAGACACAUCUUGUUACACAUCAGAUGAUUCACACAGGAGAGAAACCAUUUACAUGUUCUGAGUGCAGCAAGUGUUUUUCCUGCAAGUCACAGCUUGUUAAACAUCAGAUGAUUCACACAGGGGAGACACCAUUUACAUGUUCUGAGUGCAGCAAGUGUUUUUCCUGCAAGUCACAGCUUGUUACACAUCAGAUGAUUCACACAGGAGAGAAACCAUUUACAUGUUCUGAGUGCAGUAAGUGUUUUUCCUGCAGGUCACAUCUUGUUACACAUCAGAGGAGUCACACAGGAGAGAAGCCAUUUAAAUGCUUUGACUGUAGCAAGAGUUUUGCUAACAAGAAAACACUAAUUAAUCACAUGAAGAGUCACUCUGAGGGCCUGAAUGUAGCAUGUGUUUCUUAAUUAAGUUAACUUGCACCAGCACAUUAUGUAUUCCAGGGAGGCAAUAGUUAUUUUCUGAA